CCUGGCCGACCCUGUGGCCAUCAUAGGUCAGCCAGCUUUUGGACAUCAUAUGGCCAGCCAACCCUUGGGUCUUAACAACUCACGAAAGUAUAGGAAAAACAUCAGCAAUUUCCCUAUUUUUAAGGGGCAAUUUAAUCAUUCGAUUAGUGGGUUAUUCAUUGAACCUACUGAAUUCUCUCUCAAUUCAAAUUUUCUGUGUUACCGUGUUUUCUCUCUUUAAUCCAAAAUCUCUACUGACAAGCAUUAGACAAUUUUCUACAGGAAAACUCCCGAAGCUCCCAUCAGGAACAACUAGCAAAAUAUUUAGAGGGAAUCGAAAUGAACCAGAAAAUAUUCGCCUUCCAAAUACAGCAAGUAUUGUACGACAAUUUUUUCACCCUCAACAACAUGUAUGGAGAAUGGGGAUGUAUAAUAUAUUAAAAAUGAAAUAUUAUUUAUUAUUAUUAUUAUAUUUUUUUUAAUGUAAAAAAAUGAAAUAUUCUUAAAAAAUAAUAAAAAUAAAAUAAUAGUAGUUUGACUAGUACAUGGGGUAUGUGUCUAAUUUUAAUGCAAGGUAGAGGGGUUCAAAUAUAUUAGCUUAAAUAACUCCAUAAUUUUCUCAUCAUGAAAGAAUUAUGAAGCUCAUUAGCUCACACAUACACAAGUUUUCAAUAUUCCAUCAAAUAAGCUUCUUUUUUUCAGGAUUAGUUGUAGAGUUAUUAGAAGUAAAGUCAAUAAAUCGAUCUUCUAGUAAUUAUUUUGAUAAUUUAUAAGCUAAUAAUAAUUAUAAUCAUAAUAAAUAAUAGAAUUAAUUAAAAUGGGAUCAGAAACAUUCCUAGAGGUGAUUUUGGCCAUCCUUCUUCCUCCAGUGGGUGUCUUCCUUCGCUAUGGCUGUGGGGUGGAGUUCUGGAUCGAUUUGUUGUUGACUCUGUUGGGAUAUAUUCCAGGAAUUAUAUAUGCAAUUUAUGUAUUAGUUGGAUGAUGAUUAGGUUAGGUUGCUUUUUUUUCUUCUUCCUUUUUCUCCUUCACAUUUUAAUUUUUAUUUAAUUUAGGGCUAUAAUAUGUUAUAUAUUUCUUUCUGUUAUGCUGGAUGGUGACAUAUAUAUUGUAUUUUAAGAUUUCUGUUUUAUUUUGUUUUUUUCAUAAUUAUGUGACCGUUUUUGUGUCAGUUUCCUCAUCAAACUUGUGAAUAAAUUAAAAUCUCUUUA